AUGGCGACGGGCGGCCUAGUUGGGGGGGCGGUCCAUCAGCCGGGCCGGGUCGAGGGAAGGCGGGAUAUCCGUGCCCUCCCCCCCAUCAGACUCUGGAUUAUCCGUGCCUCCCGCCUCCAUAGGCACAUUAUUCCUAUUUCCCGCCUACAGAAGAAGGCGGGCUGUCCGGGCCCCCUCCCGCCCCGGGGCGGGUCAGGGGUGGGGUCAAGGGUCAUGCCGGGGUCAUUCCGGGGUCAGGGGUCACGCGGGGGGGCGGUGGGGGGGACUCACCCCGGCCUGGCCCCGUCGGUGACCGGACCCUUAGGGGCGCGGCCGGGCCCUCUCGAUGGGCGGCCGCCGGGGCGGCUAGAGCGGCCGCAGAGCGGCCCCUCCGCGGGGGGGGCCGACGGGAUGGCGGCGGACUGGCUAUGGCGGGCGGCCUUGUGGGCCCUGCUGGCCCUCCCGGGGUUGGGCCGGCCCUGGGACCCCGCCGGCUACCUCCUCUACUGCCCCUGCAUGGGGCGAUUUGGAAACCAGGCGGAUCAUUUCUUGGGGUCGUUGGCCUUCGCGAAGCUGCUGAACCGGACUCUGGCGGUGCCGCCAUGGAUUGAAUAUCAGCAUCACCGCCCUCCGUAUGCCAAUGUCCACGUGCCGUACGAGAGGUACUUCGAGCUGGAGCCCCUCCUCGCCUACCACCGCGUCGUCAGCCUGGAGGACUUCAUGGCGACCCUGGCCCCCGACCACUGGCCCCCCAAUAAGCGGGUGGCUUAUUGCUUCCAGGCGGCCGCCGAGCGGAGCCACGAUAGGAAGACCUGCCCCAUGAAGGACGGAAACCCCUUCGGACCAUUCUGGGACCAGUUCGACGUGAACUUCAGCAGGUCGGAGGUGUUCAGCGGCCUGGCUUUCAGCCCGGCCUACAAAGACCAGUGGAUCCGGAGGUUCCCGGCCAGCGAGCACCCGGUGCUGGCGUUGCCCGGGGCCCCGGCCCAGUUUCCGGUGGUGGAGGAGCACCGCCGCCUGCAGAAGUACAUGGUUUGGGCGCCGGCCUUGGCCCGGGAGGCGGAGGCCCAGAUCAGCGCGCACCUCCUUCGGCCUUACGUGGGCAUCCACCUCCGCAUCGGCUCCGACUGGAGGAACGCGUGCGGCCUGCUGAAGGACGGGUCGGCGGGCCCCCACUUCAUGGCGUCGCCGCAGUGCGUGGGCUCCGGGCGGCCCGGUGCGGCCAAGCUGACGGCGGCCAUGUGCCUGCCGGACCUGGCGGAGCUGGAGCGGGCCCUGGCGCUGUGGGUGGGCCGGCUGCGCGCCCGCGCCGUCUACGUCGCCACCGACUCGGACAGCUUCGUCCCGGAGAUCCAGCGCCUCUUCAAGGGGGAGGUGAAGGUCGUCUGCCUGCGGCCGGAAGUGGCCCAGCUGGACCUCUACAUCCUGGGCCGGGCCGACCACUUCAUCGGCAACUGCGUGUCCUCCUUCACGGCCUUCGUCAAGCGGGAGCGGGACCUGCUGGGAAGACCCUCCUCGUUCUUCGGCAUGGACCACCCCCCGUCUCCCCGGGAUGAGUUCUGAGCCGCCCGGCCGGCAGAUCCCGGGCCCGGGCGUCGGGAGACCCCGGCAUCUCCUCCCGGCUCCGACCCUCGUCUGCCGGGUGACCUCGGCCCGGUCACUUCCCUCCUCCGGGCCUCGGUUCCCUCUGGAAAACGGGGGUGAAGACUGGGAGCCCCGCGGGGGACGGGGACCGGAUCCACCCCAGCGCUCAGAACGGUGCCUGGCGCGUAGUAAGCGCUCAGCAGAUACCGCAGUUACGACUGAUAUGAUCGCCACCCGCCUCUGCCCCCGCCCACGACGCCGGACUCCUCCGCUUAAGCGCCUGCUAUGUGCCAGACACCGUAACUAAGCGCCGGGGGAGGUGCGGCGCUUAGUACGUCAUGGGUUCGAA